AUGGAGGGUUUCUACGGUGUUGAAGUGAGCGUCGGGGAGAAAGUUAUUCCAGAGAUACCGGAGGGUAACGUACUUCGUCUCACACAAAUUGCUGUGCCUGCGAAUACAAGUGAUGCCGUCUCUCUUGUCGUUUCCCUUCAGGGUAAAGAAUUUACUAUCGCUUCUCUUGAUCCUGUGAGGAAUGUAUCGCAAAUGGGGAUUGACCUUGUGAUUAAAGCAGAGCAGAAUAUUAUUCUUUCCGCCACUGGCAACGGCUCAGUGCAUGUGACUGGAUAUAUACAACCUAUUGAGAAUGUUACGGAUGGUGAGUCAAGUUGCGGUGGUGAGAUUUGCAGUGGUGUCCCAUUCGAGAAAAUGGCGCCGCCGCCUUUUCGUGGCGUAGCGCCCGCUUGUAAAACAUCAGUGCAAAGUUCAAACAAUACCAGCGAAAGUGACUAUGAUGUUGAAGGUAUUGUGAGCGUUGAUGAUGGUGUGGAAAAAAUUGGGAAGAGAGGCGAUAAGGGCGAAGAGCGACCUUCAAAAAUUAGGCAUGAGGGAGGAGUCGAGUUUCACAACGAACAACACGUGGAUGAGCAUAGAUAUCGUCGGGGAGGUUACUUUCGUUACAACGGUGAAGGAGGGUACGGCGGUGUUCAUCAGGGUUUUUUCAGGCAACGUGGACGUCAGAGAAUAAAUAGCACUUCUUCCCAAGGUGGUUUCGGUGCCAUUUAUAAUGAACCAAUCCAUGAAGCGGAUCAGUUGGGAAUGAACAGAGGGUACGGGAGAGGUGGGUAUUCAAGUAGGGGAAGAGGUUACAUGGGUGGCGGGUAUAGAGGGCAAGCAAAUGGUGAAAUGAGAAGGGGAUAUACCAAUGAAGAAAGGUACUUGUAUAGCGGGGGUGAGUGGCAAGGAAUGUCAAGCAAUUUGUUAGGAAGGGGGUUUGCUGCAAUAAAUAGGGGUUUUCAUCCCUAUUCCAGCCGAAACAACUAUCCUUUCCCACCAAAUCACCACCUAAACGAUGCAUCUCGCACUCUGCCCCCUUACAGCGGAAGAGGCGGAACAAAUGCGGUCUGGAAUAGAGGUGGAUUCCGCGGCGGGAACUCUGGGAGGGGUCGUUACUAA